UAUCUUUCUAAUCAAUAUUCAGAUCAAUAAGUCAGUGUCAGCUGCGCAGCUGAACAAUGCAAGAACUCCAUAAGUUGAAAGCUCUUUGGCACAGACAUGGUUAUAACAAUGUUGCAACUGUCUACUCUGUGUGCUUCAGGUAUAAAUGCUGUUUUUACAAAAAUGCUAAGAUAGCUUAAUGUCUGGCUUUUAUGUUUCAUUGUCUCAUGACAUGAGGAAUGCUGAAUAUUCUAAAUGUUGGACUUCUAGAAGCUUGAGCCUGUUGACAUGCCACAAGUAAUUACUUCUGGAAGGCUUCUGAGCCAGCAAGAAGUUGAAAGAGCUCACAAAACAAAGCAGGGAAUGGAAAAGAAGAUGCAAAUUCCAAUGUAUACACCAGGAAAAAGACAGUAUUUACAUAAAAUGCAAAUGUUGGAAAUGAACCGUAAAAGACAAGAGGCCCAAAUGGAGCUGAGAAAACUUCAGGAGGAGGCAAAAAUCAAUAAUCAAAAACUUAGAGACAACAAAGUCCCUCAGAACACUCCAAGAAAUGAUGACAAUGGUGACUUUCUAACCCUAUUACCUGAUGAAACCUUGAACAGAAGUCCAGGAAACUCACAAAAUGAAGAAUUUUGGGAACAUCAGUCAAGGAAUGACUAUUAUCCCCGGAAAAUUGGCAAAAUGGAAAUCUGGCUUCGUGAACAAGAGGCCCUGGGUCAGCUUGUCUGGGACAGUUCUAGCUCUGACUCAGAUGAGUUAGGGAAAGAUGAGAGGAAACCAAGGACACUGGUGAGGACUAGGACAGAGAAAAUUCCACUUUUUGAUGAGUUUUUUGAUAGAGAUAGCACAUAAAAGGCUUCCCUUCCUGUAACAACUUCCUCAAGUUAAUAUUUGAAUUAUCCUAAGACUGAUUCACCUGCUUUUUCAUUUGGAGUUCUACAGUUAA